UUGCACGUCUGUGUAGAACAUUUGAAUUGUUGUGUUUGUUGCAUUGUGAAUUAAGAACUUUAAGCCAAACCUUUCAACUAAACGUAAAAAAUGAAAAGUAAAUCAGUUAGGAAUCGGACACGCAGGAGGCUUUCUAGGAGAAAUGCGAAAAAGCAAAUCCAUACUGAGGGAUUUUUGACUUCAGCUCCAUCGAAAGAAAUACCAAAAGUUAACAAUUAUACCGCCAGCAAAGCUGCAGGUGUAUGGCGUGACUUGUAUGAAUCUUUUGUGAUGAGACAAUGUCAAGCCCAGAUAGAGUAUUGGAAGCAACGUGCAACGCAUUUGGAUCAAGAAAAUGAAGAGCUGCGCAAUCAGUUAAUGGCAACCAAGCCAGUUUAUGAAACUUCGUCUGAAGAAGAGGAAGAACAGUCAUACUUGGAUGGUGAAGAUAUGAGCAGGUAUGAAGAAGCAGAAAUUAGUCCCGAGUACUUGGAAUUUAGAUCUGUGACACUUAAACAUCGUGAGGAGUUACGACAAACUCGAGAAAGAGAACGCAUGGAGAGUGAGAUGCUGAAAAUAUGAGCAACCAUGAAUAAGCAGAGGUUUUCCCGGAGUAUUUGGAAUUUAGAUUUGUGACACUUAAACAUCAUGAGGAGUCGUGGCAUACUGGCGAAAUUCAACGCAUGGCGAAUAAGGUUGAUUUUAUAUUCCCCUUUUUUUCUUUUCAGCCAUAAAGCUUUCAGUAUAAUAUGUGUAGGUAGAUGAAAAAACUGGAUCAGUUUAAAUUUUUAAUUUGUGUGAAAGUGUUUGAUCGGAAGCAACAAAAAAUUAGAGUCUGAAAGAGAGAUUAGUUUCUCUUCCAACUUGAAAUAAUGUUUCUACUUUCAUUUAAUUUACUUUUACCAUAAUAUCGUCCAAAUAUAACUUUGUUGUGACAAUAA